GCAGUGCAGCGGUUGCUGGACUCCAUUGAAGGCACGGAACGCGGCUUGAAUCCAGACCAGCGGGAAGCGGUGCUGGCGGCCGCCGCCGGGCUUGUGGUGUAUGGCGCAGGCCAGACGACCACCAAUGCAGAAGCUUUGAGCGGGACAUGGCGUCUGCUAUGGACAACUGAGAAGGAGACGCUCUUCAUCCUAGAGAAGGCUGGCUGGUUUGGCACCAAAGCAGGAGAGACCUGCCAGGUGAUUGACGUGGAGGGCGGCACCCUGCAGAAUGUGAUCACCUUCCCGCCGGCUGGCGCCUUCAUCGUCGACUCCUCCAUCGAGAUUGUGGGCCCCCAGCGCACGGAAUUUCAGUUCACCGGUGCCACGCUGCUGACGGAAGACCGCGCGCUGAAGCUGCCGCCAUUUGGCAAGGGAUGGUUCGACACCGUCUACCUGGAUGCUGAGAUCAGGGUGGCGCAGGACUCUCGCGGCGACACGCUGGUGGUGGCGCGC